GCUAGUUAGUAUUAACAACAUGUUCUUACUGCUGUUCAUGGGGCUCGUGCCUCAUAUAUGUGGAGUCAAAGUUCAUGAUGUGUCUACCGUGAUACCCACCUAUGCUGUCAACAGCAACAAUUUGAAAACUACUUUGUAUUCGGACGAAAGUAUUAUAAAAUGUUUCCAAAUGGAAAAAGAAGAAAGUUUUGAUCUCGGACCGAAUGAACACAUACGCAACAAGUUUGUAGCAAUACUCUACACUUCUCAUCCAUCUCGGACUGCAAAUGUAAUGCUGGCAGCCCUAUAUCCCGACUCUUGUUAUUACAGUAUUGGAAAGGAAAUCAACGUAAAGGAUGACGAAUUUGAAGUACACCUGCAUGGGAAGGGAUGGGCGUACUUUAAGGAUAUAAAAUGUGAAGGGAAGAAUUUAGAAAGCAAUCGCUUGCCUGAUACAUCGUGGUCUCUUCUAAUACCCCAGGACCCAAACGAAUAUCCUUACGACCCACAUUUUGAUAAAUCUAAAGUUAUAGACGUUCUUACUGGUUUUCAACAACACUCCUAUGGUAUUUUAGAAAACAUCAAAAUUACUGUCCAUACCGAAACAGAAUUUGUUUUAAAAUGCUACGAACUAAAUGACGAAGAAAGAGAGAAAUUAGAUUCUAAUGCAAAGUACGUGUCGAUUCUAUUUAAUGACAUAGAAGGUACAAACAGAGUAGCCUUACUUAUCAUGACCACUUGUGAUAAUAUGGACAAAAACAUUAUAAACGUGAAAGACAAAAAGAUGGAAGUAUGGUUGUUGAAUGACAAAUGGGCGUACUUUGAAAAUGGCAAGUGUAAAGGAAAAGAAUUUGUAAAUAGCCAACUUCCCGUCACAGUAUGGAUAUUGCAAGACUCAAAGAAAGAGGAUAUACUGAAAAAAAUGAGCCAAGGACUUGGACAAGUUUUGACAGCUAAAGCCUAUUUGCCAGAACAGAUUGCAGAAAUCAAAAAACAAGUUAAGCUAGCUGCGUAUUACAAGGAGUUUGUACUGCAUUGCUAUGAACUUGACAAAAAGGCAACAUUUAAAUAUAAACUACAACCAGACGUAUCUUCAAAAUACAUAGCAACAAUCAAGAAUACAAAUGAAAAAUCCAAAGUAAAAUACUUGCUAGCCUUAUUGGUUUUAAAAUCAUGUGAUAACAUGAACAGAGACAUUAUAAACAUAGCUGUUGACGGUUUUGGUUAUGAAGUUAGUCCGGGGCAGUCGAAGAGAUUGAUGCAUGUUUCACAUAAUGUCUUUCAAACGUUCACUAGGACGAUGUCUUACCCUUAUUGUAAGUGGACAUUGCAAAAGCCUUAAGAUGGCAAGAAAUGAGCAGUUGGACCAAAAUACUCUUCUCAGUUACAACCAAAACAAAACAUUACCUGAUUUGCUCAGAUGAUCAGCUAAAUAUACAUCUUUGACAAGCAUUAAAAUACCCCAGG